AACGCGCCGAGGCCACUAGAAAAAAGAAAAUAGGUUUUCACUCCAACGAGACGAAGACGCAAAGAUGAUGCUGAAGCAAGCUCGCUCUUUGCUCUCCAGGAAAUUUUGCAACCCGAGUAAUUCACUCGUCGGCGAGGGCUCCUCGUUUCGUAGUUUCGCGUCCUGGGCAGAUUCAUCUUCGACUCGACGUGGUUUCUCAUUGGGGAAGUCUACUGGUCGGGUAUUUGCCCCCUAUGCUGUUUUCAAGGGGAAAGCUGCACUAUCUGUUGAACCUGUUCUCCCCAGUUUUAUCAAAGUCGAUUCCGGAGAUUUUAGGAUAGAGCGCCGUGGAUCCUUGAUGUUGACUUUUAUGCCUGCCAUUGGUGAACGCAAGUAUGAUUGGGGAAAGAGGCAGAGGUUUGCUUUGUCCGCCACAGAAGUUGGAUCCUUGAUAAGCAUGGGACCGAGUAAUAGUUCUGAAUUUUUCCAUGACCCUUCCAUGAAAUCAAGUGGUGCUGGUCAAGUGAAGAAAUCCUUAUCAGUUAAGCCUCUGGCAGAUGGUAGCGGCUACUUCAUCUCGUUGAGUGUUAACAAUAGCAUCCUGAAAACCAUGGAAAGAUUCACUGUUCCCGUGACAACAGCUGAAUUUGCAGUGAUGAAGACGGCUUGUAGUUUUGCAUUGCCCCACAUCAUGGGCUGGGAUCGGUUAACAAGUCAAGUACGUGUGGGAACAGAGGGGAAUAAUUCAAAGGUGGAUCCGCAGCUGUUAGAGAUAGAGUGGGAUAAAUGAAUCGAUGCAAUGACAAAUGGAAUGUAUUACCUGCAAAGGAGACAUGUGUUUCCGUUUUUGGAAACUCAGGAUGCUGUGUUUUUGGUAACUACCAUGUCCUCUGAUCGUUCUGUUUGCCCUUAAUCAUGAACACGUUUUUAAGUGAUAACACCUGACAUGUUCAAGCAUAUUUUUGUAA